AUCGAAGAAAAACAUUUCCAAAACAAAAUUCAAAACAGAACUUAUUUUCACAACAAUUAUGAAUGAAAAUAACGUUAUAUGUGUAACAUGUUUGUCCUCUGAUCGAAGUUUGAUACCUCUAAGCAAAAUAAGCGGAAAAAUUAAGUUCGUUAACUUGUAUGAGGUUCCUCCUAUGGGUUACAUCUGCUGGGAAUGUAGUGGCAUCGUAAAUAAAUUUUAUAAAUUCAAACUACAAACCGUAGAAGCCCAACAAUUAUUGCUCACGCGUAAGAAUAUGCGAAAUUCUUUAUCGAAACUAAACGUAACUACAACUACUAACUUUAAUUACGAGCUUGAAUUUGAUUACGAUCCAUUAACAAAUGCAGAUACAGAUAAAAAAUCACACGUAAAAACUGAAAGUGUUUACGAGAUCACAGAUUCUAUUGAAACAUCAUAUAAUGUAGCCAACACAGUGAAUGCUUAUGUAGAAAAAGUUGAAUGCACAACAAAGAUAAAAGGCAAGAAACCAAAAACCGUUAACAAAGAGACUUCAAAUAAUAAAUGCAAAACAACCAGUACAUUAUUUAACAAAGUAGGAAAGAUUAAAACAAUUAAUGAGUUAACUUCUAGAAAUAAACAGAAAAUAGAUUCACAUGUCUAUAAAGAAAACAUUAAAUCAAUAAAAAAGAGGAAAUUAAAGAGAAAAGAUAAAGAGGAUAUAUCUAUUAACAGUAGUAUAAGUAAAAAGAUAACAAAAAGUGAUAUUGUUAAAGGAAUAUUAAGGAAAGAUAAUGAUAGGUAUUCAGAUGAUACUGAAAAAGAAGAUAAUCAAGUAACCAACGGUUGUGUACAAGAUUUUAAAGAUAAAUUCGAAGAAGUGAAAUAUAGUGAGAACGAAUUGGAAAAGAUAAGAGAAGAUAAAAGGAAACAUUAUAAUUUCAAAAAGAUACCUUACAAAUGUGACAGUUGUGUAUUGGGUUUUAUGAGAAAGGAAAAUUACGACUUGCAUAUCGUCAAAAAACAUGACCAGACCGUAGGUGAAUAUGUUUGUCCGGUAUGCCAAGUAAGAUUCGCUUGCGAGGCCUCAAUGAACAAACACAAGAGCAAACAUUUCGUUUCGUACAGAUGUCGCUUGUGCAGCUUCGAAACGUCAGAGCUUUGGUCGGCCGUAAAGCACAACAAGAGAAAGCACAAAUUCGAUAGUAAUGACAAGAUUCAUUGCGCAGAAUGUGAGGUCGUUGUCAAAACCGGAGACGAAUUGACUGAGCACAUGAGACUCAAACAUGUAUUGUUCUGUAAUGAGUGCGGUGAGAAGUUCAAAGGGAAACACACGCUGAGAACGCACAUGAGACGAGUCCAUUCGGCUAAGCGACAGCACGUGUGCGGCGUGUGCAGCAGGACUUUUGUCAGUAAGUCGCGCCUCGAAUCUCACUUAGUGAGUCAUGACGAAACGUUAGCGAAGAAGUUGGCCUUCUGUACCGUCUGCAACGUGCAGUACAAGAACAUAUUUGUGUAUAGAAACCAUUUGAAGAACAGCGCCAAUCACACGGAGAGACUGUAUCCCUGCCCGGAGUGCGACAAGAAGUUCGCCUCAAACGUUUACAGACGUCAGCAUUACAACUUCUAUCAUUUACGUAAAUCGCCAUAUAAAUGCGAAGCGUGUAACAAGCUCCUCAUAUCGAAGUGGCGUCUCAAGGACCACGAGAGGAAGCACCACGGCUCGAGCCGACCCAGGGACCACUGCUGCAAGACCUGCGGGAAGAGAUUCUACACUCUAUCCAGCCUGCACGGUCAUCAGUUGAUCCACGACCCGCAGAGGGGUUACAUGUGCGAGGAGUGCGGCGACACGUUCAAACAGCCGGCCGCUCUGUAUACGCAUUCUAGAUUAGUGCACAGGAAUGCGAAGUGAAAUAUGACCCUUUGACUGCGGUGUAGGUCACCGGUGCCCUACGCGGCGCAUUCGACGUUGGCCUCUUU